AUGCAAUCCAUCCAUCUCCUGAUUGUCAUAUUUGCCUGCGCUCCCUGUUUCUCUUCAGUAGCAUCAAAAUCAGAUGACCCAACUCCAGCUCCAUGGCCACACCAAUUCCACUCGAUACUUUUCAUGAAUAACAACGGCACACUGCAGGUGGUGGACCUCUGGUAUGACUGGACUAACGGCCGCAACUUCAACAUAAUCCAGAACCAACUUGGAAAGCUUCUUUACGACCUUGAGUGGGACAAUGGAACCUCCUAUAUCUACACCUUAGACUCCAAUCAAGAAUGCAGAGUCUUGCAUUUCCCAGUUGGUGUUCUCCGCCCCAAUUGGCUUGAAGGUGCUAACUAUCUUGGCCAACAGGAAGUUGAUGGCUUCCUCUGCAACGUGUGGGAGAAGGUGGACUUUAUUUGGUACUACGAGGAUAUAAUAACCAAGAGACCUGUUCACUGGAUCUUUUUCACAGGUAUGACUGCUCAUGUGAUGACAUUUGAAGUGGGGGCAGUGCUAGAGGAUCGGAAGUGGCAGGCUCCUUGUUAUUGUUUUAAGGAGUCUAAGAAGGAGGAGAACACUGUCCUUGAAUCUGUGGUUAGUCAUGGAUUAUCUCGUGGAGGGUUAAUGACAGGAGUGUUUAAUGCUCCUAUGCUAUAG